GUAAGUUGAUAUUAUUUGGCCAACAACUAUAGAUUGUUUAAAAUGAAAACUUAUUUCAUUAAACUGAUUAUUUUAGGGAUCUUAUGCUGGCUAUAUGUUAGGCAUAAUCAAACUACAGCCUCUAGUGCUUUUAUUGUCGAUGGUACGCAAGCUGCUUUGGGGCAAUUUCCUUGGCAUGUGCUCUUAAGACGAGAUGCCCAAGAUGAAUUAUUAGGUGCUGGUUCUAUUAUUGCUAAUAAAUGGGUUUUGACCGCAGCUCAUUGUGUUUAUGGUCGCAGUUUCGUUCACUUGGAAUUUGGCACCGUAAAUCUCUACUUUGAUGGUCUUAUUAUGAAUUCUACUAAAUUUUAUAUAUAUCCCCAAUACAAUCACCGAUACCUUACCGAUGAUAUAGCUUUGAUAGAACUACCUGAAGAAUUGACAUUUGACCAAAAUAUAAAUGCCAUCGAAUUGGUAUCUUCAAUAUAUGUUUCAAACGAUUUUGUAAACGAAAUUGGUAUUGUAACUGGUUUCGGUUGGCCAUCUAAUCAAGCUAAUAACUUUUCCGAAUGGUUAUUAUGGGGCAAUGUAGAAGUUAUCAGUAAUGAAGAUUGUGCCAGAGAAUUUGAUGAAAAUAUUAUAGAGAAUACAGCUAUGUGUACGAUUGGUUAUGCUGGUAGCGAUAUAACUCCCUGUAAGGGUGAUUCUGGUGGUGCUUUAGUUUGGGAGAAUCAAUAUGGAAAACUUGUACAAAUUGGUGUAGCAUCAUUUGCCAAGGUAAACAGGUGUUCGGAAUUUCCGGCAGCUUAUGCGAGAGUAACUUCGUUUUUAGUUUAUAUACACAAUAUAACGGGUUUAUAUUAAAGAAGACUUGAGAGCUUGAGGUAAUAUUAAGUAUUUGUUAGUGUAAUAAUAAAGGUAUUAGAGGAAAUCUAA